GUGGUGGCAGAUGCCCGCGUGACUGGUCCUAAUUUCGCAGACAUUGCGUUGGCUACAUCGUGCGUCGAGCUUAUUCUUUUCUGUGAUAUUCUUAUUCAUGGAGUGGAACAGGAGAUGCUCGAUGGACAUGACAUCAUGGGGUCUGCGUGCGAUGAGUACGCCGGUAGAGCGGGCAAGCGCGAAGUUGUUUGCGCGAGCGUUCAAGCUACGUCGCAGAUCAGGCUUCCCCAUGCAGGACCCGACUGCGCGGCGUGCUGCAGCAGCUCGCUGGGCAAGGUUAAUGUGCGGCAGUCGAAGGACUUCGACAGGGUCGCCAGGGUGCCGCACGAUGCUGCGAGCUUCUACCACAACGUCGCGAGGCACCGCAAGCUCCUCGCAUAUCUCGAUGCGCUGACGCGUGCUUUUUGUUUCCUCGCAGGCUCCCAG